CGCAAUGUAUACACUGCACCACCAAGGGUUGACUGACAAGAUAUAUCUCAUUCCAAGUACUGGGAGGCGGCAUAGGUCAGCAGUGUAGAUUACCCAGACAUGACAAACAGCGGCCCGAGCCGGAGGGAGACCAGAAGCCCUUCACCCUAGGAGCGCGAUUAAUGCGAGAUGUACAAGCCAAACACACGUCGCCAUGUGGCGGCAUAUGCAAGAACUACCAAUACCCCGAUUGGAAUAUGCACAUGGCAGAACUAGCUGUAAGAGAUACAAAAUCAGGGGUCCUGCGCAUAUAGGGGCCAGAUGCCAAACAGGAUCGACAUCUGCCGUGCGACGUUGCCCGCCGUCCAAAUCAACAUCUCUUGGCUCCUAGAACAGGCUGAACUCUAGGGUUCCUGGGCCAACUGGCAUGACCUAGGCCAGCCAGUCCAGGCAAUGAGGGGAGCAUCGAGGACGAAAGCAAGUCCCGAUUUGGUCGUCCUGCGCCCAAAUCCCUGAUUUAAUUAAUUAAAGAUAUGGAACUGGGCACUUUGCGAGCCGGGGCUCGCCUAGUUCGGCAGGUGGGAAUCGGAGGGAGGGACAGGGACACCUAUCUAUAGCCCAGCACAUUGAGACUGGCCGUUGAUUAUUCGACUAGGUAUAUAUAAUCCCCCUUUGUAGCCCCGGGCUGUAGGUUUUCUCGAUGGGAAAUUUGACGGUCCGCUCUGUUCCUCUUUGCCGUCCUCGUCCUCGAUUGCUUGGCGGUAGUUUGAAUCACAGCACAAACCACCCGACUUACACGCAAUCUGCCGCCCCACCACCCACACUCAACCCACGCCGGAACUCUAGCCGUAUUCCGCGCUCGAGGCAAAAAAAAGAAAAGGAUGCACGCCCCGGUCUCCCUGGUCCUCGCGCUGGUCCUCGCGCCGCUUAGCGCGCUGGCGGCGCCCGCCCCCGUGGCGGGCAUCGACUCGAUCGCGGCGCUGGGCCCGAGGCAGGGCGGCGGGAGGCAGGUCAAGUUCUGCGAGAAGAUGGUCAAGGAGCCGGCCGAGGAGGAGACCAAGGCCCGAUUCGACAAGUUCGCCGACGCCUUCCUCGUCAAGAAGGACCUGGUCGAGGCAUUUGGCUACAUUGCGCCCGAGUACAUUAACCACAACCCGGCGGCGAAGAACGGCGCGCAGUUCGCCUUUGACCUCCUCAGCCCUCUCUGGCCCUCGCAGCGGAUCACGGUGAUCCGGACGCUGUUUAGAGGAAACCAGGGGUGGCUCAACUACCGCAACUCGUUCGGCACCAUCGUGGACCGUUACAGGUGGGAGAAGGGGUGCAUCGUCGAGCAUGUAAGUUUGCCGUCUCCUAGGCCCCCUCUGGGCUUGUACGGCAGAGCGAAGAGGGCAUGUUUCCUACUAGUUUAAUGUCAACCGCUGACAACAUCGCUCAUCACAACGCUAGUGGGAUGCGGGGGAGCGGAUGCCUCCUACGUAGACCGGAUGGCCAUGGCGGAGAUUUGUGCGCCGAGAAAGGUAUACAACGAUCCUAUCUACCUGUUCCUUUCUCUUCUUUUGUUUACCAUCAUCCUGGCCCAGCACCGAGUACUAACCAUACUACACACCGACGUCAAGUUUUCUCAUCAGCUGCCUGUAAAUAGCACUUCUUUUGGUGUGCGGGUUCCUUCCUUCUGAUCAGUGAUCACGCCGGGCUAUAUGAAUAUGAAUGUGAGCACUUGUUGGACUCUCGAUUGCUCUUACCAUUCACCGUCCAGCAAGGUUUCUCGCAUGGGGCAUGAUUUGUGAUAAUGUGAUAUGCACUUUGUAUAUCUCUGCGGCUCUUUUGUUAGGCUUUCCCCAAGACAGCCAGAAUACGAUAAGCUACCAGUACAGUUCUAGAACCCUUCUCCAUCGGAUUUCUAAUUACGUCAAGGUAUCCGCCUGUCCGCGUCCAUGGAGGUGUCAGCAG